GUAAUAGCAAAAAGAAAUAUGCCUGCUUUAGACGCGACAAGUAUAGCAGACGGUGCAUUGGCUUUUAUUAGGUUCUUUAAAUUCCAAAACAAAACCAGAGGCUCUCUCGCAAUUAUAGGAGCUGCUCUUGCACUUUAUUACCUGAAGAGGAGACUUCAGAGCAAUAAAUCAAACUUAAAAGAUUUAGAAAAAGAAGCCGACCUGUUUGUUAAAAAGGGACCAUCAAAACCCAAGGGAGCUGUAGACAAGAACUUCUUGAAGAAGCUUCUCAAAUUCUUAAGAAUAGCAAUUCCCGGAUGGAAGAGCAGAGAGACCGGAUACAUUCUCGGACUCUCAAUCGCUUUGGUGGUGAGGACCAUUCUUAGUAUCAGACUUGCAGAAGUUAACGGAGGAGUUGUGCACGGGAUCAUCCAAAGAAACAAAGAUAAAUUCGUACAGGGACUAUUCACUAUUUUGUUAUACGCAGUCCCCUCAUCUAUCAUCAAUUCUCUGCUUGAAUAUCUCAUGGUAAUGAUAGCUUUAUUCUUCAGAGAAAAUCUUACCAAGCAUUAUCAUGAGAGAUACAUUAAUGACAAAUUCUUUUAUCAAAUCUGUAACCUUGACGAUAGGAUUAUGAAUCCAGAUCAAAGAUUAACUGUGGACAUUCAGAAAUGGGCAAUCAGUCUUUCGAAUUUGUACUCUAAUUUCUCUAAACCUCUCCUUGAUAUUGUGUUGUUCAGUAAGAGACUCUACGGAGUUGUAGGUGGGUACGGAGUCGCCCUACCAUUCUGAUGGUAUGCCAUGUCAGCAGUGCUCCUCAGAUACAUCUCUCCAUCAUUCGGAACUCUGACGGCUAUCAGACAAAAGCUUGAAGGAGAAUACAGGGGACAACACUUCGACAUCCUGAAUCACUCAGAGGAAAUUGCCUUCUACAAUGGCGGAAAAUGGGAGAUCAGAAGAAUCACCAAAACUUUUAGUAAUCUCUACGAGCACUGCAUCGAGAUCAUCAAGAAGCAAUUCUGGAUGGGAAUUUUUGACUCAAUGCUGGUCAAGUACGGCUCUUACUACGGGGGGUACCUAGUCCUCGGAAUGCCUGUAUUUGGCCCAAGAUCAAAGAAAUACCUCGAAGAAACCAAGGGAGACAAAUCAAAAAUAGCAGGAGAUUAUGUUAGAAAUACCUCUUUAUUGAUUAAUCUCUCAAAAGCUAUUGGUAAAUUCAUCAUUUCGUACAAAGAAUUGCAGAACUUAGCAGGAUAUACCACUCUCAUGGAUGAACUUGAGAUCGUCUUGAAUGACCUCAAGGUUGGAAAAUACCAGAGAACUAUGAUCAACCCAAACCUAGUCAGCGAGAGAGGAGAAUAUAUAGCAGCUGAUGAUAAAUUAGUGAUGGAUAAAGUACCAAUCCUAGCUCCAAAUGGUGACAUUUUGAUCAAGGAAGUCUCCUUUGAACUAAACAAAGGAAUGCAUCUCAUGGUUGACGGACCAAAUGGAUGUGGAAAGAGUUCUGUCUUCCGUAUUAUGGGAGAGCUCUGGCCAUUAUUUGCAGGCUCGAUCUCUAAGCCAGAGAGACAGGCUUCUAUCUUCUAUGUUCCUCAAGUCCCAUAUUUACCAAAGGGAAGUCUCAGAGACCAAAUCAUCUACCCUGAUAGAAAAAUCGAGAUGACUAAGAAGAGAAUGACCGACAAGAAACUCAGAGAUAUCCUAAAAAUCCUUACCUUGGACUACAUCGUAGAAAGAGAAGGAGGACUCAAUACUGAAAGAAACUGGACUGAUGUGCUUUCAGGUGGUGAGAAGCAGAGAAUGGCUAUUGCUAGAUUAUACUACCACAAGCCUGCCUUCGCUAUUCUAGAUGAAUGCAGUUCUGCUGUUGCCGUUGAUGCUGAAGACGUCAUCUACACUGAAGCUAAAAGAAGAGGAAUCACUUUGAUUACCGUCUCUCACAGACCAUCUCUAUGGAAGCAUCAUGACUUCCUCCUCCAAUUUGACGGAGAAGGAGGUUACUCCUUUGGAGAACUCGAUACCUCCAAAUCUCAUAACAUCGAAUAUGAAAAGCAAGUUGAACACCACAGAAGUAUGAUGACGGGAGAACCUGAAGAAGAAAAACAAGAAUAA